GCAAUAACAACGCAAUCUGGAAACAUCGUAAUCGACGACGACUUAGUAAACAGCUGAUUUCAUCAUUGUCAUUCACUUCCCUCUUCUUCUUCUUCUUUCUCCUGGGAGGAAAUUGACAAUGGCUGGAUUCAGUGGCGUUUUAAAGCUGUCAGACCUCGACGAUUUCAUCUCCCCUUCCCAGGAUUGUGUCAAACCUGUAAAAGUAGAGGCAAAAACAGGGAGAGGAGUCAUCCAGAUAGAGGACGAUGCAUUAGAUUCAUUAUCGACGCCAAAAUAUGAAAAAGCCAAGAUAACACUGAGUGACUGCCUUGCAUGUAGUGGUUGCAUUACUUCAGCUGAAGUGAUUCUAGUCAGUCAACAGAGUCAUGAAGAAUUUUAUAGAGUUUUAGCUGAGAAUGAACACGAAUGCAAGAGAAAGGUCAUUGUUGUGUCACUGUCACCACAGGCAAUACUUUCUGUUGCUGCCAAGUUCUCACUCUCACCUGAUGAGUGUACUCAGAAACUUGCAGUUUCAGCUUGUUAGAGGCUUCGAAGGAAUUUAUAGAGCGCUAUAAGCGAAAAGACUUGGAUCCUAAAGCAUUCCCUAUGCUUGCAUCUGCUUGUCCAGGAUGGAUUUGUUAUGCAGAGAAAACUCAUGGUUCAUACAUACUCCCUUAUAUAAGCACUGUGAGAAGCCCACAGCAAGUGAUGGGAGCUCUCGUCAAGGAUCUUUGGGCAUCUCAAAAUGGCUUCAACCCUGACAAG